AUGUCGGCAAGGUUGGAACCCCUUGAGAUUCUCAUUGUGGGUGCUGGGCUCGGAGGGCUUUUUGCAUCUCUGGCUCUUCGACAAGAUGGCCAUCGUGUGACGCUUCUCGAUUCCUCUGCCGAAUUUAAGGAGCACGCCGGUGCCGGUAUUCGCAUCCCGCCCAAUAGCUCCCGUCUCCUGCGCCGUUGGGGCAUUGACAUCGACGGGCUGAAGAAAUCAACCUGUCGUCGUUACCAUUUCGUUCGCUGGGAGGACGGUUCGACCAUCACCAAGAUCCCCUUUGACGAUAUCGAGGAACGACACGGCGCGCCGUAUUACAUGGUCCAUCGAGCCGAUUUACACGCAAGUUUGCUUACCGCGGCAAUCCGAGCGGGGGUGGCCAUCCACAACCACCAACAUGUCACGUCCUACGAUUUCACCGUCCCAAAAGCCAUCACAGCAGGCUUGAAGGAAUGGACGGCUGACCUCAUCAUCUGUGCGGAUGGAAUUAAAUCCACGGCUCGACCCCUUCUGACCGGCCAACCAGACCGCCCGAGAGAUACUGGCGACGUGGCCUACCGCAUCCUCAUCCCUGGGAAGGACCUCCUUGCAGAUCCAGACCUUGCCGAUCUUAUCACGGAUCCCGCAAACACAUCUUGGUGUGGACCAGAUGCCCACCUCGUCGGCUAUCCCAUCCGUGCUGGCGAGCUGUACAACAUCGUCGUAUGUGCUACUUCACAAGGGGAGACAACAGAUGACACCUGGGUGGUGGAGGGCAACAACGAGGAACUUUGUGCGCGAUUCUCCGGAUGGGAACCACGGGUGCAGAAGCUAUGUCGAUUGACUCAGUCAUUUAUGAAAUGGCGUUUGUGCGAUCUUCCUGUGCUCUCGACUUGGGUGCAUCCGUCCGGUAAAGCAUGUCUUCUGGGCGAUGCGUGUCACCCGAUGCUUCCCUACCUAGCUCAGGGAGCUGCCCAGGCCGCUGAAGAUGCAGCUACGAUCCGCAAGGUGCUGGCGGAAAGAACCGACAUUGCGAGUGCGUUGAAACGGUAUGAGCGUACACGAGAGCAUCAGUAUAUCCUGCACAUUGGCGAUGGGAGUGAACAACGUCAACGAGACGAGGUCAUGCGGCAUGACAGUCCCUCUAGCCCCAUCUUUUGGGGACAUGCGCUGCGCCGGGAGUGGCUAUUUAGCCAUGAUGCCGAGAAGGUUGACAUUAACACAAACCCAGACGUAAAGAAGUCUGUUCUUUAA